AUGAUUUUAGUAUUGUUAGGUUCAUUGCUAAGCUUUAAUUAUCAUUCUGGACAAUGUAGACUUUUACAUAAAUUGGAUUCAUUCAAGAAACAUAGAAUGGAAUCAAACGUUGUUGAUUUAGAUGGUACUAAUGAAUGUAAUAAUAUAAGUAAACGAAUUAAAAUUAUUUUGGUGGGUAAUUCAAAUGUUGGCAAAUCAAGUUUAUUAAAAUCAUUCACUAAAGGAUCUGAUGAAAAUGAACCAGUCUCUACAAUUGGUACCGAUUUAAAAUUAUAUGAAAUGAGAUUGAAUGGUGAAUUAAUUAAACUUUACAUUUGGGAUACAGCUGGUACAGAAAGAUUUAAAAAUCAUAUGUCUCCUUCAUAUUUUCGUCAUGCACAAGGUGCUUUAGUAGUUUAUGAUGUUGGUUGUCAAAAAAGUUUUGAAGAAUUAAACACAUGGGUUAAAAUGAUUGAACAAUAUUCUGGUAGUAGAUUAGUUAAAGUGAUUAUUGGUAAUAAAAAUGAUUUACCAGCACGUGCUAUAUCUAUACAAAAAGCUGAAGAAUAUGCUAAAAGUAUUAAUUGUGUAUAUUUGGAAACUAGUGCAAAAACUGGUCUUCAUGUUAGACAAGCAUUCGUUACAUUAGUACAUUUGAUUAUCGAAAAAAAUUCCAAUCAAUUAAGUGUUAAAGAGAAUAAUGUGGUUUUACGCGAAAAACCUACAAAACAUAAAGCUCAGUGUUGUCAUCAUUAA